AUGGCGCGAGCGCUGUCAUUCCAAUACUGGACGCGGCUCGUGCGGUCCUUGUUCAUUUUCCCCUCAGGUUAGCAUCAUUAGCAGGCCUCUUUUUUUAUUAUUAUUAUUUUAUUUUCUUUAAAUCCCAUUGUUUAUUUUACUCUUUUCUCAUAAACCCCGACUUUCCCUGGUCGGAAUGUACCGCUAUUUCGGAGAGCUUGUGAGCCGCGGGGCGGGCAGCGCUCUGGCGGCGGGCUGUGUGGAAGCAGCGCUGCCGGCUUCAGCAUCCGUCGUGCGGCUGAGGCGCUACAGCGACGCCGCGGAUAAAGAGGACGACCCCAACUUCUUCAGGAUGGUGGAGGGAUUCUUCAACCGCGGCGCCGCCAUCGUAGAAAACAAGCUAGUGGAGGACCUGAAGACCAGAGAGACACCCGAGCAGAAGAGACACCGAGUCCGGGGGAUCCUCAAGAUCAUCAAGCCGUGUAACCACGUCCUCAGUGUGUCUUUCCCUAUCAAGAGAGACAACGGGGAGUGGGAGGUUAUCGAGGGCUACCGGGCACAGCACAGCCAACACAGGACUCCCUGCAAAGGAGGGAUCCGGUACAGCAUGGACGUGUCUGUGGAUGAAGUCAAAGCCCUGGCCUCGUUGAUGACCUAUAAAUGUGCUGUUGUGGAUGUGCCAUUUGGAGGUGCUAAAGCUGGAGUCAAAAUCAACCCCAAAAAUUUCUCUGACAACGAGUUGGAGAAAAUCACAAGAAGGUUCACCAUAGAGCUCGCCAAAAAGGGAUUCAUUGGACCGGGUAUUGAUGUCCCUGCCCCCGACAUGAGUACCGGCGAGAGGGAGAUGUCCUGGAUCGCUGAUACUUACGCUAACACUAUUGCUCACACUGACAUUAACGCUCAUGCCUGCGUGACGGGGAAACCCAUCAGCCAGGGAGGAAUCCACGGCAGAGUGUCAGCCACAGGGCGUGGAGUUUUCCACGGCAUCGAGAACUUCAUCAACGAGGCAUCCUACAUGAGCAAACUCGGACUGACCCCAGGCUUCGCUGAUAAGACCUUCAUCAUCCAGGGUUUUGGAAAUGUCGGCUUGCACUCUAUGCGUUACCUCCACCGUUACGGUGCUAAAUGCGUGGGUGUUGCCGAGAUUGACGGAAACAUCUGGAAUCCCAAUGGCAUCGACCCCAAGGAGCUCGAGGACUACAAACUGCAACAUGAUACUAUUGUGGGCUUCCCUAAUGCCCAGCCCUAUGAGGGGAGCAUCCUGGAGGCAGACUGUGACAUCCUCAUCCCUGCCGCUGGAGAGAAACAACUUACCCGGAAGAACGCUGCCAACAUUAAAGCCAAGAUCAUUGCUGAAGGAGCUAAUGGCCCCACCACACCGGAUGCGGACAAGAUCUUCUUGGAUAGGAACAUCAUGGUCAUCCCGGACAUGUACCUGAAUGCUGGCGGUGUGACCGUCUCCUACUUCGAGUGGCUGAAGAACCUGAACCAUGUCAGUUACGGUCGUCUGACCUUCAAGUACGAAAGGGACUCCAACUACCACCUGCUGAUGUCUGUGCAGGAAAGUCUUGAAAGGAAGUUUGGAAAGCAAGGUGGCCCCAUCCCUGUGGUUCCCACUGCAGAAUUCCAGGCUCGAGUGGCAGGUGCCUCUGAGAAGGACAUCGUGCACUCUGGUCUUGCCUACACAAUGGAGAGAUCUGCAAGGCAAAUUAUGCGUACAGCCAGCAAGUAUAACCUGGGCUUGGACCUCAGGACUGCAGCUUACGUCAACGCCAUUGAGAAGGUCUUCAAGGUGUACAAUGAGGCUGGCCUGACUUUCACAUAAAUCCUCAAUCUCCCCUCUACCAGCUUAUUCGUCCUCUCUAUACUGGCCUUAGACCAACCCUGUGCCCCAUUACCCCACAGCCUUGUGUCAUUUUCCGAGUUUACAGUAACGCCUCAUAACGUGAAUUCUCCACAUUAUUAAAGUAAAUUUAAUAGUAAUUUACCCCGCUCAUAUUUUAUCAAGUUUUUCCGUAUAGUUUGUUCUAUUUAAGCUGUAAUUUCUGUAUACUCUUGUUCUAUAUGACAUGAAAACAAGCCGCUAGUUAUCUCAUGCUAUGGUGUUAUUCAGAUCAAGUAUAUCACAGUACUGUGUUAGUUUUGUACUAAUUUGUCAUUAAAGUCAAACAAAACCCAAAAAUAAACGUUGUUUGCUGAUUACAGCAAGUGCCUCGAUGUGGCCCACUGCAUGUGUAAAUUAAAAAUAAAAUUUUACAACAAUUUAUCUAUGUUAAAAGCUAUAUUGUUAAAUAGGCUUACCUGGACAGCCAUUUGCAGUGAAACCGGAUAUCCGCUUGUGACGUAACCGACACACUAGUACACCUUUGUCACACAGAGCCAUCAAAUAAAGUCUUUUUAAUUAUUAAAAAAAAUCCCCAGGCAUCACUGUGCUCUCUCUCUCGCUCUCUGUGCGCACGUUUUCACUGCUUUUUUUUAUAACCAUGUGAUUUUUAAAAAAAAUUUUUUUUACUGGCAACAAAAUGCAUGAAUCAACACACUUCACUUUUAUGAAGUUUAAAUCUCACUCUGUGUGUGUGUUCACUGCUUCAGUGAUCAAGCUUAUUUUUUACAGCCAAACGCUUGACCUUCGGGCAUCUUCUGGGUUGUUUUCCCUGAGGGAACCCGCCCAAAGGGAUCAAUAAAGUUUUAUCUAAUCUAAUAAUUUAGAAGUGAUGUAUCCACUAGAUCUCAGCCUUGGUAAUUCAUGUAGCGUGUAAGUGGCGUCACAACCUCGGAUUAUCUCACGGAAUUUGUAAUCAAUCAGAGCACAAUAUCUGAACCAGAGUGAGUGUAAGAUGGCAGUGCCCAGGAACAUUGUUUUUCUUUUAAAAUAAAAUCAGUACACAGUAUACCGGUACAAAUCUGAACAAGUGAAGACUCAAACAUGUCUUGUGUGGAUAUCUGUCAGGAUAAAGGAGUUUAUUUUUUCGGGUUUUGUUAAUCUUUAAUGUUUGCAGUAUUGGGUCUGUUUCCACUGUGCAACUGAAAUGUACAUUAUUUUCACUCGGCAGCCCUCAAAACAUUUUAGAUUCAUUUCAUUUAUAUUGUUUGUUUGUUCGCCCGAAGCUUGUGACCAGACACUGAGUAUUGAAAGACAGCACUAAAGAUGCCUUAGAUCUUAGAGCAGGAGUGUUCUACUCAGAAGAAUUCUGUCUUUGUACCAGUAGUUCAACAUUCAUACCUCACGGAGGACAAAUCCAUCCAGUCUUGUUCAGCAGGUUGUCUCGGAGACGUGCUAAAUAUAAAAUUGUCCAUUUAAAAGGUCUGAAUAUUAAAUCCAGUGGAUAUUGUGGCACUCUGGAAAGGCUCGUGUGUGUGUGUCAUGGGGGAACAAAAUAAUUCACAAACCUCAUCUACACCAUCGUCUGGAAAUUUGCUUUGGAAAAAUUUGUAUUGCUUUUUUUGUUGUUGUUGAGAAUAAAGAAAUUAUAACACG